CUCGCGAGAGUUGGAUAAUACUCGGAACUGGGGAGGAGGCCGAGGUACGGGAGCUGCUGGCCCCAUGGUGCUGUGAGGCCGAGUGCAGCUGGCUGUUGGUCAUACUUUUUCUUUAAAUCCCUCCAAACACCGCUAUAGAAGUCUGCUAGGUAACCAGUGUUCUACAGCAGAGGUGCAGAUUAUUUCAUGAAAAUAUUUCUGUUUGGUUCAGAGGAUAGUGUGAGCAAUCUGGGAGUGGCAUGGCAGGACGGCCCCAUCCUUAUGACAGUAACUCCAGCGAUCCAGAGAACUGGGAUCGGAAAUUGUAUAAUAGACCCCGUAAGCUCUAUAAGCAUUCAAGUACUCCAUCACGAGGUGCUAGAGUAGGAGUAAGUAGCGCCAGAAUGAGUCUCCAUGGUGCCAACGGUGGACACGAGCGUUCGCGAGACAGACGCCGCUCUAGCGACAGGUCCAGGGAUUCGUCACACGAAAGAGGAGAGAGUCAGCUCACUCCCUGUAUCCGGAAUGUAACAUCACCCACAAGACAACAUCAGAGCGAUCGAGAGAAGGAAUACAGUUCAUCCCGGCCAAGCAGUCCCCGCCCACAGAAAACUUCCCCGAAUGGUUCCAGUAGUAGCAGGAACAGUAGCCAGUCCAGUUCAGAUGGCAUUUGUAAGGCGGCUGGGGAGAUGGUAUUUGUGUACGAGAAUGUGAAAGAAGGAGCUCGGAGUUUGCGCACGUCUGAACGGGUCACACUAAUAGUGGACAAUACCAGAUUUGUUGUAGAUCCAUCUAUAUUCACUGCGCAGCCAAACACAAUGUUGGGCAGGAUGUUUGGAUCAGGCAGAGAACAUAAUUUCACACGUCCCAAUGACAAGGGGGAAUACGAGGUGGCAGAAGGAAUCAGUUCCACAGUGUUUCGGGCAAUUUUGGAUUACUACAAGACUGGAAUAAUCCGUUGCCCUGAUGGAAUAUCAAUUCCUGAGCUAAGGGAGGCUUGUGACUAUCUGUGUAUCUCAUUUGACUAUAGCACUAUCAAAUGCAGAGACCUCAGUGCCCUUAUGCAUGAAUUAUCAAACGAUGGAGCCCGUCGGCAAUUCGAGUUUUACCUAGAGGAGAUGAUCCUCCCCUUGAUGGUAGCCAGCGCUCAGAGUGGGGAACGCGAAUGUCACAUUGUCGUCCUGACUGAUGAUGAUGUUGUGGAUUGGGAUGAAGAGUACCCUCCGCAGAUGGGGGAGGAAUAUUCCCAAAUUAUUUACAGCACCAAACUGUACAGAUUUUUCAAGUACAUAGAAAACAGAGACGUGGCCAAAUCAGUUCUGAAGGAGAGAGGUCUUAAAAAGAUCCGUCUUGGUAUUGAAGGUUACCCAACAUACAAGGAGAAGGUGAAGAAGCGGCCAGGUGGGAGGCCCGAGGUCAUAUACAACUAUGUGCAGAGACCCUUUAUCAGGAUGUCAUGGGAGAAAGAGGAAGGCAAAAGCCGCCAUGUGGACUUUCAGUGCGUGAAGAGCAAGUCGAUCACUAACCUCGCCGCCGCCGCUGCCGACAUCCCACAGGACCAGCUGGUAGUCAUGCACCCAACACCCCAGGUGGACGAGCUGGAUAUCUUACCCAAUCACCCUCCGCCUUGCAACAACGACAUGGACCCUGACGGCCCAAACUCCACUUCCUAACUGUUACCUUUUUCCAAUAUGGGAACAAUAUGGUGGAAGGCCUUGUAAGCUCCAAGUCCUUUAAAAUCAGACGACCCAUGGCAGUUUGCCAUCAGGAGAUAAGCGGCCACUGGGUCAAGCCGACUGCAACACGUGGCCAAUGCAGGCAGCACAGCUCACCGUUUCCUACAAUCAUUACGAACAGUCGGGAGCGCAACCCCCGAACCGGUCAAGUCGCACAGCAGCAGUGUCUCGUGUUUGUACAAUGCCUAUGAACUGUCUUGGUUUUGCGGUGUGGAGACUUUUUUUUUUUUACUUUUAAGACCAAAGGAACACGUGGAAAGCAAUUCAUCUGUUCUCUUUGUUCAAAUGUAUUGAUUCUCUUUAGUGGGUUUGUAAAAGCUGGUGGUCUCUAGGCAGGGCAUAAUCCCCCCUCACCCACCUUUUCUGUUUUUUUCAGGAGCCCUUCUAAACCAACAGGAGCAUCCAAACCUCCCUGAUAUGGGCCGAGCCCCAUAAGCAUCAUACAUAGUGGCACUUUAAUGGUUUCCAAUUGGUGUUUGUCAUAUUUUAUAGUCCUAUUGUAUAAUACUAAUUUGCAAAAAAAAGUAUAAUCUAUCCAAAAAAAAAAAACCCUUUCUUUUGGCUUUAUAAAUAUAUAUAUUCACAAUCCCUUUAAAUGUA